GUCUGAGCUUCUCGAAUGAAGCAGAAAAGUGACAGGAGUCGCCGGACAGAAGAAGAAGCAGUGCAUGAGAGAGACGGGCUUCGUUUCAUGCAGUGGAUCGCUUCUCUGCAGAGUUGGCACCAAAGUGGUUGUCUUUGGACUUGUGUUCCACUGACACCAGUUGCCGCUCCAAGAACUUUUGAGUUCACGAGCUGUGGACGAGAAAAGACGAAGCAGUGGUGAUUAAGAGUAGCAUCUUUUUUACAAUUGGUGUUCAGGCGUCCUUCCUCUUCCAGCAGAAAACCCCAAAAUUGAAGUUGAGAUAUUUGCGAGUAUAACACGGGCAGUGCCUCAGCUGCCUGGCAGCGCAGCAUGGCUGAGAAGUGGUCUGGGGCGGUCAGAGUAGCGGACUUGAAUGAUUUUAUUGCCCCAUCACAAGCGUGUGUGGUCAACUUGAAGGGGCAGAAGCAGUCGGAGGAGGAACAGCAGGGGCAGGCCAAGGAUGGUCUGGUGCAGAUUCAGGCCCGGAAGAUUGACUUCCCCCAGGUGCGGAAGGCUGCUACUGAUGAAGCCAUCAAAGUCAGCCUGCAUGACUGCCUGGCGUGCAGUGGGUGCAUCACGUCUGCAGAGACCGUGAUGCUGCAGCAGCAGAGCACCGACGAGUUUGUGCAGCGCCUCAGCAGUGCCACGCAGGCGGUGGUGGUCUCCCUCUCGCCUCAGAGCCGGGCCUCCCUGGCCACCCACUACGGCAUCACCCCCCUCCAGGCGUUCCGCAAGCUGACUGGCUUUCUGAAGUCGCUGGGAGUGAGGGCGGUGUUUGACACCAGCUGCAGCCGCGACCUGUCCCUCCUAGAGUCCUGUCAAGAGUUCGUGGACCGCUACAGAAAGGCAGCCGGCAAUAGUGCCACCAAACAGGGGGAGCUGCCCAUGCUGGCCUCCGCCUGCCCAGGCUGGGUGUGCUACGCGGAGAAGACGCACGGGCAGCACAUCCUGCCGCACAUCAGCAGCACCAAGAGCCCACAGCAGGUCAUGGGCACGCUGGUCAAGCGCCAUGCCUGCUACCGCCUCGGCCUCAGGCCUGAAGACAUCUACCACGUGACCAUCAUGCCGUGCUAUGACAAGAAGCUGGAAGCCGCGCGCGACGACUUCAUCUUUGCAGUCGACCCAGGGGGCGGCACGGGGGACUCGGGGCAAGCAGGGCCGAGGGUUACUGAGGUGGACUCGGUGCUGACGUCAGGCGAAAUUCUGGACCUGCUGGAGUCCCGAGGCGUUGACUUCGCUGCCCUGGAAGAAGCCCCACUGGACCUCAUGCUGAGCAGCGUGGACGAGGCGGGCCACGUGUACGGGGUGCGCGGCGGUGCGGGCGGCUACCUGGAGACUAACUUCCGACACGCGGCCAGGGUGCUCUUCGGGCAGACGGUGGAGGGGCCGCUGCAGAUGAAGACGCUCCGGAACGCCGACUUCAAGGAGGUCUCGCUCGAGGUGGACGGCAAGCGGGUGCUCCACUUCGCCGCCGCUUACGGUUUCCGGAACAUCCAGAACCUGGUGCGCAAGAUCAAGCAGGGCAAGUGCGAGUACCAGUUCGUGGAGAUCAUGGCGUGCCCCGCGGGCUGCCUCAACGGCGGCGGGCAGAUCAAGCCGCGCAAGGGCCAGACCGCCAAGGACCUCAUCCAGCACCUCGAGGCCGCGUACCUGCACGAGGUGACAGUCCGUGACCCAGCGGACAACCCCCUCGUCCAGGAGCUGUACCGAACGUGGCUUGGGGGCCCGUAUUCGGAAAAUGCCCGCAGCUUAUUGCACACGCAGUACCAUGAAAGAGAACGAACGGUGACAGCCUCAAUCAGCAACUGGUGACAAUAGCAUAGAGGAGUAGGCAGGGUCCUCUUACAAACUAAAUGCGCGCGUUUUAAGUCGUAGAAGCAAGUCUGCUGCAUCAUGAGGCCGCAUGUGCAGCUUACUAGGAAUCAAAGAACGUCGAAUUAUCUGCGGAGAGAACGAAUUUAGCCGAAUAGCGCUAUAUGUAGCUAAUCCAAACCUUAGGCGCUUGGAGAGCUAAAGCUUAGAACAAAGGGCUGAGCCUAAAGUGAGUCCUUGGUUGUUUAAGAAGGAUCACGAAGGACAAGACUCUUUUGCACGGUAUCCGAUGAAGGCGACAUGCCGCAACUUGCGAGUAACUAACCUUAAUUCGAGGUGCAUUGAAAGGUCUCUACUUUGUAACCUAGCCUUUGCCAGAUCCAUCUGCGCAACGCCUUGGGUACCUGAUAGUCGUUG